AAUUUCAAAUCUCAUGGGACAUCAUUUUGAUCAUGAACAAGUUGACCACAAAGGUUUUGUGUAGAGGUUUUGGAGUAAAGCAAAGAAGUGAAAAAGCACAUGACUUGUGCUUUAAGCAUAGAUGUAUAGAAAAACAAGGCCUUAUCUUCAUGUACUUUUAAGCCAAGCCAAUAAACCCCACAAACCCCAUUAAUUACUCUGCAUAUAAAUUCAACCCGAAACCAAUCAUCUCUACCAAAGAAAUAAGGAAUCUCAUUAGUAGGCACUGGAUUUAAUAAUCAACAGGAAUCUUCUCUUGGCGUUUUGAUUGAAGCAUAUGAUGGAUAAGCUCUUCAUUCUUUCUCUUCUAGGUCUGUUAUUGGUAACUGCUUAUGGAGCUGCAGGGAAGAUGGUGUACACAGAUCUUGACAUUCUUGACGAGCUUGAGAACUUUGAUGUACUGGUAGAUGAUGAUGAUGAUACAAAGCUCUUGGAUUGGCCAUCAUUCACAAGCCGGCAUUCUGGUAAAAAUCUGGUGAAUGUUGAUACAUUCGGUGCAGCUGGAGAUGGAGUUUCUGAUGAUACUCAGGCAUUCGUAAGCGCAUGGAGCAAAGCCUGCAGUACAUCAAAAUCUGUGUUUCUGGUUCCAGAAGGACGUCGAUAUUUAGUAAACGCAACAAAGUUCAAUGGUCCAUGUGAACAAAAGUUGAUCAUUCAGAUUGACGGAACAAUAGUGGCACCAGAUGAGCCCAGCAAUUGGGACUCAAAGUUCCAGAGAAUUUGGCUCGAGUUUUCAAAGCUCAAAGGGGUCGUGUUUCAAGGGAAAGGAGUUAUAGAUGGUUCAGGCAGCAAAUGGUGGGCUGCUUCUUGCAAGAAAAACAAGUCUAAUCCUUGCAAAAGCGCACCAACUGCACUAACUAUAGAAUCUAGUUCAGGUGUGAAAGUAAGUGGCUUGACAAUCCAGAACAGCCAGCAGAUGAAUUUCAUCAUAGCAAGGUCAGAUUCAGUUCGAGUCUCCAAGGUUAUGGUCUCUUCUCCAGGAGAUAGUCCCAACACUGAUGGAAUCCAUAUCACUGGAUCUACCAAUGUUAUCCUUCAAGACUGUAAAAUCGGCACAGGGGAUGAUUGUGUCUCGAUUGUGAAUGCCAGCUCGAAUAUAAAGAUGAAGAACAUCUAUUGUGGACCUGGACAUGGAAUCAGUAUUGGAAGUCUUGGGAAGGAUAAUACGACAGGCAUUGUAACACAAGUUGUGUUGGACACUGCCUUAUUGAGAGAAACAACUAAUGGACUCAGAAUAAAAACAUAUCAGGGAGGUUCUGGUUACGUUCAGGGUAUUCGAUUCACAAACGUAGAGAUGCAAGACGUCGCAAACCCGAUACUCAUUGAUCAGUUCUACUGUGAUUCUCCAACUACAUGUCAAAACCAGACCUCGGCGGUUAAAAUCAGCCAGAUAAUGUACCGGAACAUAACCGGGACAACCAAAAGUGCGAAAGCCAUCAAAUUUGCGUGCAGCGACACAGUCCCUUGCAGCCACAUAGUCCUCAACAAUGUGAAUCUUGAAGGCAACGACGGUCAAGUCGAAGCUUACUGUAAUUCAGCCGAAGGUUUUGGGUAUGGAGUGAUUCAUCCAUCAGCGGACUGUCUCUACUCGCACGACGACAAGGGCUUGGACCAGACUCACAAGUCGGAGGAAGCCGAGACUGGCCACGACGAGCUUUGAUGGUGAUGUUCAAACUGUUGUUGUAGUGAGAGAUGAUAUGUAAUAUAGUUUUCUGAAGCAUAUGAUACAGUAAAAAAUGAUAUUGUUUUUGUGUUUAUAAUCAACCAUAGUUAAGGUUGUUGUUAACAGCAUUUGUCCACCUUUUACAUCAAAUGAUUUU